GGAGAUGUCUCCCGGGGUGAGGAAGAGGAAGAUGUGACCGGUGGUGGUAGUGGUAGUGGUGGUGAUGGUGGUGGGUGCGGUACAGUUGUGGUGGCAGUUACAGCCAGUAGUAACGGCACCGCCUCAGUUCCCCGCUGGCCGUCCACCGUGUUGGGUGUAGUGCUGCUUGUGGCUGCCUUGGCCACCAUCACCAGUGUGUGUGUGUGUGCCUACACCUCUUCAUACUCCCUCGUACACUGCCCAGGCUUCCCUUACGCCUCCACUCUCCCGUCCUAACUACCUAUUCACCUCUACACUUCAGGUGGAUACAUAUAUACUACAGCCCCGUCAACUGGAUUCUGGAUUCGCGCAAAUUCCUGGAAACAAUAUCGAAGUAAUACUUGAGUGUUACCUCAGCCUUCCUUCCUAGUCGAGCGUGACCUCAGCGUAACCACUUCAGUUUUCCUUGACUCUUGCUUCUCGUCGUCAAGGGUCGCCUCCUGACGAGACUUAACUCAGGCGAGUGUCUUGAGGAAGUGCUUUUGGUCAACCCUAGAGGGCGCGGCUGCGAAUGACGUUUGUCUCCACUAUGGGGUUCUCCUCAAUGGACGGAUUCUUCUUCUCGAUAUUCCUAGCUGUGUGCAUCGCAGCGGCCAUAGUGAUCCGCUUCUUGUGCACCAGAAUCAACUGUAGAGGUCGGGAGGUUUCCCAAGACGACGAGAUCAUCAUCUCCAGGGGCACCACGCCCGUCAUCGUGGCCUCCCAGACCAGCCGCCAGCAGCAGCAGCAGAUGCAACAGCUGUCUCGCGCCAUCACAGACUCUCCGCUCGUGACUCGAAAUGGAGAGGUUUUUACGAUUUACACAUUUUCGACUCCGUCGACUCCGGAGGUUGAGCGGUCAAGCCGCACUCCGCCUCCUCCCAAAUACUCUUCUCUCGCCGACUCCCCACCCAAGUAUGAGGACCUCUUUCCGUUAACGGACAUCUGCACUUCCUGCAAAAGCAACAUUUCCCUUCCGGAGGAAUACACUCUUCCCGUCAUCGCUCUUCAGCACCAACACCUCCUCCAGCCUCCUUAUGAUCCUCAUUUGCCAGCAUUUGCCAGCAUUGCCGCAGCAACCAUUAAAGUAUCAUCAGAUCUCUCCCCGGAGCCUACACCCUCCCCCAGUCCUACCACCACUCCAAGCGGCCCGCUUGUUCCACAUGACUCUGUCCAUGCCACAGGCCCUUCCCACAGCCCAGUCCACAGCCCAGUCCACAGCCCUGCCCACAGCCCUGUCCACAGCCCUUCCCACAGCCCUGCCCACAGCACUUCUCACAGUCCUGCCCACAGCCCCAGCCUCACCCAUAGAACUAUACCGACCGCCAACACCAGUACCUUCGACUCGACCCAAACAUCUUCCGACAUAACACCAACCACUUGGGUAAUGCCACCAGACGAGAGGCCAUCUGUGUCCACCUUCCCUGUAACUAGGGAUGGUCAGUAAAGUGGCUGAAACACGUCAAACUUGGAAUUGUGAUCAGUCUUGCCUCACAGUUAGAUCUAAUCUAAAUGGGGACAAAAAAGUGCCUUGGAAUCGGUUUGAGGCAGUCAUAGCUCAAGAUAAUCUCAGGUGAUGUGAUGGAGCUGGUGUGAAGUAGCUAGGAUCACCGCUCCUACGCUUUGUGAUGCUAGUAUGCUCAUGACUUUCCACUGAUGCUGUGGAAUGUAAACUUAAGUGGUGCUGUGACACGUGACUCUGUCUGGUGCUAUGUCCACUUGAUCUUGACAGGUGAUUCUGUCGCACAUGAGCUUGAAUGACGGUGUUAUAUCACGAUAGCGACUGGCACUGUCACUUGAAACUGACAUGUGUACAGUCACAUAAUUCUAACUGGCGGUCCUGUCAAGAUCUUGACUUGCCAGGUCAACUGGUGUCAUGUCAGCUGGUGUUAAUUAGCAGUGUCACACAUCAGAUGAUACUUUGUGGUCUAGUCACAGACUUAGUGGUGGUGAAGGCUUGAGAGGUGACGGUAGUCGAAGGCUGCUGGGAGAGAUGUUUGCUAGCUUCUCUACUCUCCUGUUAGGCGCCACGAACACUUCUGCAGCAUAAUACUAUAUACAUAUUUAGUUACUCUUAUGAUGUAACUUACUGUUACCAAACAAUUAUAUAAACUAAGCUGUGGUCUCGGGUCAUUAACCCGUGUCCCUCGUGGACCAUUACGAUAUAGAAGGAACCUAUAUUUUUUGUAACAAUAUGAAAGAAUGAAAGCAUUUUCUACAACAAAAAAUAUAUGGAAAGCAAUGUAAAUAAUGUAUGGAAUUCUUAAAUAGUGGUCUCGUACCUUUACUUAAUGUGAAUGUCUUACGACGCGUCUUAAGGGUACAAGUUUUUAUGCUCAAAGUGGUUGGAAUAUUUUACUAUGGCUUUGCAGGUGGCGGUGGAGGUCGCCGGGAUGACCAUGGUACACCAUGCUAUAGUAUGAGUGUGUGGUUAUAACACUGACCAUGACUGGUCACAACACUGACCACGCAGCUGGUCACAACACUGACCACACAGCUGGUCACAAGACAUUUCAAUAUUUCCUCAAUACAUGACCAAUGCCACCUGCUUCAUUUAUUAUAAGAUUGUGUUGUGGGACAUUAAUCUGUCCAGUGAUAAAGACAGUGAACUGAGGUUUGUGUCGUAACAUGUGAUAAAAUAACAGGGUAAUAUUACUCACAACAAAUAUCCAUAAAAUAUGGAACAGGAGAGCAUCUGAGGGUCCAGGAGCUGUGGUUCAACACACACAGCCAGGUAAACACUCAGUGAGUAAUUACCAAAAGGUACCAAGCCGGGCAGGCUACACAGUCCUGGCUUAGUGCCUUCUGUUGAUAAUUACUUGGCUUAGUUACCGAGUGCUUACCUGACUGUGUGUUUGUGGGGGGGGGGGUUGAAUCAUAGCACUUGGACCCUGCCUCUCAGUCACAGUCAUCUCUCAUACUCUAGCAACGCCAUCUAUAUUCGUGGUUAGCCAUUAUUAUUAUUAUUAUCCAUCCCAUUGCUUAGUACUUACCAAGUAACACACAUGUACAGUGUAGAACACACACAUGUACACUGUAACACACAUGUACAAUGUAGUACACACACAUCUACAGUACAGACAUAAACACAAUUGACAAUAAAAGGUACAGCCUAGCUAUUAUUCAACAUUUGCUAGAUGUUUUUGUCCCAUGUCAUAUUAGCAGUAAUGUGUUUGAGUGUGACUAGCAUUGUGUUACUGGCGCAGUUUGAAACAUAUUAUUAUCCAUCGCGGAAUUUGAGACAGAUGGUGAAGACUAUAAAUCCAUAUUUUCUUUUCAGUACUGUACAAUAAUAAUAAUAAUAAUCACAAUGUUUAUGUAGAUAAAAGUACAUACAACAGUGCAUACAAAAUUAGUUAAAAGCAGAAUGUUGGAUCAACCUAUAUAUAUAUAUAUAUAUAUAUAUAUAUAUAUAUAUAUAUAUAUAUAUA